ACGUUGACUACGUCAAAUAAUACGCCAACCAGACUUCAGACGCAGACAGCUUCAGGCAUGCCUUAAAAGCCAUUCACAGUGGAGCUAUUAACACUAAUUAUGAAAAAGAUGACGAGACGAGGGUUGGUAUUUCAAAUGGGCAAAAGAGAACCAUUGCCACGCCUACAAAAUGGCGUUAACAGAAAAGCUAUGAAGUGAUAUAACUAAGCCAUAAAUAAAGCUAUGAGGGACAAAAGAAUAGUAUGUUUGCAUUUACAUUUUUUUGAAAUAUCUCGAAAACUGAAUAAGCUACAUAAAACAAACUUACUGCUCACAUUUCCUUUAGCAUCCGUCUAUACACCAUGUAAAUUGGUGAAAUAAUAAUAAAAUAACGAAAUUAACGAUAAAUCUAUCAGACAUUGUAAAGAAAUUCGGUGGAAACCAUUUGCUUCUUAUAUGUGUCUCAGUAUCAAAAAUUUGUGAAAUCGGGUCAUAAUUUCCCUUAGCUCCCAUAUAUCUAAUAUAAGAGUUUUUAAAUACGCGGUGGCCUUUAUACCGUAUAUAUCGGUUAAUAUGUGCGUUAUCUUAGCAAAAUUUAGUGAACGAAUAGUCUUGGAUGUAAUGUAGCUUGGUGGCGAGAAUGAGUAAAACCAGUCUAUGAAUUACCGCAGCCCCCAUAUAUUAUACAUACUUAUAUGGUUUAAACUGUACGUUCUCGUAAAAAAAUUACAUAAAUAAAUUGCGAGCGUAUAAAUUGUUCGGUUACACCCGAUACUUCUUGAUUUAUUUAUUCACGGGAAAAGUGGUUGUUUUAGAUAAAGACUUUUUAAAGGACAUACCUGAAAAUGCUGGACUGAAUGUGGAGUUGGAGUCGCAAAAAUAUCAAUAAACGCCGAAAACGACAGCAUGCUAAGUGCAAUAGUGAAUAAUAUUCGUUUACAACCGUUUCUGUAUCUGAUUUUGCACUUUUAUUUAAAUCAUAUUCACUCCACGUCUCAGAGCAAUUUGAAUGAUUUCAUAGCUAUGGAGCGUCCAUAUUUUGAUGAUAUUAGCCCACGAAACGUAUCGACGGUAGCUGACGAACCCGCCAUAUUAAAAUGUCGUGUUAAGAACAAAGGCAACCGAACGGUUUCAUGGAUGCGUAAACGAGAUCUUCAUAUUCUAACAACCAACAUUUAUACGUAUACUGGCGACCAGCGUUUUUCCGUCUUACAUCCGCCAGGCAGUGAUGAUUGGGACUUAAAAAUCGAUUAUGCUCAACAAAGAGAUAGCGGAAUUUACGAAUGUCAAGUGAAUACAGAGCCGAAAAUCAAUUUAGCUGUUUCGCUGGAAGUUAACGCGGAGGCCGAUAUUAGAGAUAAGAUAACUGAACCCCAAUACUAUGAUGCAAAAGCGGCACGUGCGAAAAUUCUCGGUUCUACAGAGAUUCAUGUAAAGCGGGAUAGUACAAUCGCAUUAGCUUGUUCCGUAAAUAUUCAUGCAUCUUCUGUGGCUUGGUAUCAUGGUGUAUCGGUUGUUGACUUUGAUUCUCAACGUGGCGGAAUCAGUUUAGAAACGGAAAAAACGGAUGUAGGUACCACAAGUCGUUUAAUGUUGACAAGAGCUUCGCUACGUGACUCUGGCAAUUAUACGUGUGUACCAACCGGUGCAAUACCAGCAUCUGUACGUGUACAUGUACUCACGGGUGAGCAACCCGCUGCAAUGCAAACAAGUACAAGCAAUGUAGUCCUGCAAAAUUCCGCAUAUUUAACAUUUGCCACUUUAUGUAUCAUUACUAUUGUUUCUUGGUACCAAUACUCAAUCAUAUCACAGACUACUUCCAACUACGCCAACUGCAAUACAUGUCAACGCAGGUGACUGGACACGAAUUCUUUUAAUUAAAUUGAGUGCAACAGCAACAAACUAAAGGCCUGCCAAUGCAGACAAGAAUAUUGAUAUAGAGUUAUGGAAUUAUGUAAAGGAAUACUGGUGUUGUGGUAACUACGCAUACUUGAUUCUCUAUAUACAGACCUAAAUAUAAAACGAAACGCCACAUUGAUCAAAAGUUUUGUAAGAAAAACAAUAAUACUAACAUUCUGGAUAAUUGUAAUAAAGAUAAUAUAAUAAAUGAAUAUCAGAAAAUAUAAUAAGCAUAAAAUCUAACUUAAAUCAACUAAUUGAAGCAAAAAGAAAAAAUGAUUAUAGUGUUAAAAAAAUUUAGAAAUACACUUAAUUAAAAUAUUAACAGUUCGCAAGUGACGAUAUAUGACUAAAGGCGAGUGAAUAUUCCAAAACAACCAAUAAACACAUACAUAGUUGUAUACACUUAUAAAAUAAUGUGGAAAUCCACACAUCCAUGAACUAACCAACAGCGCAGUCAGUUUAAUAUAUAGGAUUGAUGAACUUUUGAAGAUGGUCAGCAUAUUCAUACUUUACUAUCAAAUGUUAGUAUGCUAUAUAACAAGGAGAAUUCAACAAAAACUCUUGUUUAAAUUAAUGAACAUUAAAAUAUUAGUUUAGAUGUUAAACGAAUUUUUUAAUAAAAAUAUGUACAUAUUUGA